CUGGUUUCUCCUCGUCGCAGGUGUCUCUAUCCCAUAUUUUCACGAUUAAUCGCCUCGUAACGAUCCUCGAAGACCACGGAAUUCUGCUCGAUCUAUAGAUAACGAUGUACUUCGUCGUCUUCGCAUGGUUUCUGCGCAAACAGGUGCGGAUAUCGAGCGCGAAGCGGAGUUUCCCGAAACUGGUUUCAGCGCAGUGACAACUCGGUGCGCGCGCGUAUAUCGUUUCGGCGGCGUAUAUUUGAGGCGAAAAUGAUUUCGGCGCAGGCACCUAGGUAUUUGGACGCCGUGUAGAGGUUUUAGCAGCUUAUAGCACGAUGGAAGAUAUUUUCUACAAGCUGGUGAAGGAGGCGUCUCACCAGAAACAUCCGGCACUGCGACAAGCGUGCUGUGAAGCACAAGGUAAGACAUCGCCGUUUAAUUGUUCAUUUUAAAGAGACAUAAACUCUUUUGUUUCACAGAAGUACUCGGAAACAAGCAUUCACUCUUGCGAAAUCCACCGUACGAGAUAAGGCAAAAAUGCUUCGACGCUCUUCAGCUGGCAUUGGAAUCCAAAGACAAGAAACUGAUCUCUCUCUCACUCAGUGGCAUGCAGCAACUCCUGCGAGAACAACUGUUCAACCCAAACUUUGAGUCUGAUGACGAAGAACUCUGGCUUCCAUCGCAGUUGAUGAGGGCUGUCUCGUCCUUGAAUUCGCACUCCGAGGAAGUUCAAGUGGAGGGGCUCAAGGUGCUGAUGCAGUGCACCUGUCUCCAGAACUGGUGCCUGUCCCAGAACACCGUGCUUGCCAUUGCCAAGCUCUGCCUCGACAUCUACGGCAGCAGCUCGGCCGCAGCCAAGACUGCGGCCAUAACCACGGCGAGCCAGACGGUUCAGGCCUACGUCUGCUUCCUCUUCGACUCGAGUGUCGAGGAUGCUCGGGACGACGAGGAACAGAGAAGUCUGGAUGAAGGAUGCGACACAAAUAUUGAAGGACACAUCUCUCCAUUCGAUGAAAUUGUGCCUCUGCUCUCAUUCUUCUGCGAGAAGCUAAAAGAGGAAAAAAGGGGUGUUUCAAGCUCUACGACUACUCUACUGCUGCAGUGCAUUCAGACUGCCCUGAGUUCACUGAAGGGACAGGCAAAGCAGAGCCAGCAGUUUUUAGACUUCGUUUGGCAACAGCUCUGUCCGCGGCUUGUUGGGUGCCUGGGCUCGCCACUCAAGGACAAGAACAUAGUUUCGGCCCAGCGCUUCGAGAAAGGGGAGAUGGGCAGGGGCUCCGGCUGCCUGGCCACUGCGCCCUCCUGCCAGGGGGACGAGGCCAAGCUGGUGUACGGCAUUGCUGUGGAGCUGGUCAAGGUGGUCGGAGCUGUGGGCGCACUUCGGCCUGUGCUAGGGUCCCUGUUUCAUCGUAUGCUGCUCUACCCUCUGCCGCAGCAUUGCCUCGAACCACUCAAGUUUGUCAAGGAGAUGCUGAAGAAUCCUGAACAGCUGCUCCAGUUUGCUGGCCCUCCCCUGUGGGAGGACACAAAGAAUCCAAGGCUUAGUGACCUGGAUCUGCUGAAAAUAGUUGUGGAUGGUCUCGGGGAGUGCUGCCACAGCAACGACCCCAACGUGUGCUACGUAAGCGUGGAGUGCGUCGUCGCUCUGCUCACCAGCCUCGAAACGCUCAUCUCUGGUGCCAGGAUCUCGGAGGAGAUGGCAGAACGCAUUAACACCACUUAUCCAACGCUCCAGAGUGCAGAUUAUGUCGGUGCGUCCUUCUUGCUAGAAAAAUCGGCAAGGGUUGGAUUCACCAAUGGCUGGCAGCCCUCGAGCACAGAGAAGGGCACGUUCCCAGUGUCUUCCCACACUCUGCUCUCAAACCUGGAGCGUGUGAUUCUCGAGAGGCACAAGGACAACUGCCUGCCACGGGACGAGAGCCCUCCGCGGAGUAGCCCAGUGGAACGGGCGCUCGAAGCAUGCGAGGAGUUUGACAUGGAGUCCCUAGACAGUGUGCCGAGAGCGUCCAAUGAAAAGGAGAUGGACAUCGAGGCGUCGGGGAAGGAAGAGGAAGAAUUGGACAGGGACGUGGAUAAAGAGAACACCGAUCCUGAGCAUCCCGGUGAAUGUCCCGAGCAUCCUGAAAAUCUUGGUGAUACCCUCGAUCCUGGAGGGACCAAUGCCACUGAAGCAGAUGAAAACGCUGUUGAAGAACCUUCUGAAGGAAAUGACCCGAUUCAGCCUGAUGAAGAAGAGUUUGUUCAGAGCCGAAACGAUGAAGAUUUGGAUGCGGCAGAAAGUCUAGAUGCGGAGAUGUCGGAGAAAGACUUUGGAGAGGAGCCGGACGAUAUGCAUGUUGUCCACGAGAAGGCAUCUGAGCCGCUGAUGAAGGAUGCCAACCGGAGCGAGAGAGAGCGCCUCGAGAGGUUCUUCGAAUCUAACGACAAGUUUGCAGAGCGUGAGCGGAAGACGGCCCGGGAGUUUGUCGGACGCCUCUCUGAGUUCCUGCCUCGCCUACUCCACAUCCGCAGCUCCAUUGAAGCUGACCAGGACCUUCAACAGUUUGCCAGCGACUACUCCGAAGCGCUGUGGCAGCAACAGCAGCAGCAUUCUGGUCCUUCUGGGUCGGAGGACGGCCCACACCACAUCACAAUCGUGAAUGCUGAUGGAAUCUACCUGGCCACAUACUCUGCCCUGCUGCUCGACCUGAAGCUCAUCCACAGUGGCUAUUACCAGGGGCUCUCCACUGACGUCCCGUUGACUGAGGAGAAGUUUAUAGAAGAAGUGCACGGCAGUGGAGUCCUGGUUUACCUCUCGGCGACGUGGCUUUCCGAGCUGUACCAGCAGGUGCUUCUACGCAGUUUGUUGGAGGGUGCUGGCUAUGAACCUGACUCGAGGACAAAUCACUCUCUCAUUAACCUCCUCACUGACAUGGAUGGUCUCGAAAGCGACCAACUGGGAUCCCGGCAACUGUCGGACUACCGGAGACUGGAGCGGGCCAGUACCAACGUGGAGCUUACGCCGUCCAUGCUGGCAGGCAUGAAGUUUGCCCGCCGUGUGCUCACCACGUGCUGGGACACGAUGCUGGAGGUGCUUUGUGUUCUGCUGAACGGGACCAACUCGUGCGGUGUGGCCAGCUCCCUGGGACUGCUCCUGGGCACUGACGGGGCCAAGGAGGAUCGCCGCAAGGCCCGGGAAGCUGUGGCUGACUGCCUGGACGGGCUGCAGAGGGCUGCCAAGCUUUACAACGUUCUUGGUCUACAGACAAAAUGCGGCGCUAUCUUUGCCCAGCUGGCGGCGGCAUCCUGUCCUUCGCUCGGUUCCAGCGCAGCGGCAUCCUCUGAAAUGCGGAGGGCGGCGUCCAAGAGGGACCGCCUACGAAACACUGUCCUUCCCGGACGGAGCAAGGCGGUCCGGCUGCAUUCCUCGCAUGUGCUCAGUAUGGACGUGUUGCUCAGUCGGGGCUUGGAGCUGGGCAGUCACAGCGCGGUCUGCUGGCCACACGUCUUCAGGUGCUGCUGCUACAUUCUGGAGCUGGAGCGGAGCUGCUUCCAGGGCAAGUCCUCAGUGGCAAGCCAGCUGAAGCUGCAGUUCUCAGCUUUCUCGAGGUGUGACAAGAAGCAGCCGCCAGCUUCUCCCAAGCCUUCAUCGGACAGCCUCGUCCUCCAGCCCCCAACCGAAUGCUACGAGGAUGAAGCUAUGUUGGAGCCGGCGCCCAUGCCGGGAUCCGUCUCGGUGCAAAGCAUGAGCGUGGCCGACAUGGUGAAGAGCUCCACCCAGGCUGCUGGUUCUUGCGUUUUGUCCGGCAAGCAGCUGGAACCCAUUGUCGAAGCUCUUUCUCAGCUUGUGGACAGGCUGUUUGACGAAGCCGCUGGCAAGCUGAACCUGUGCGCCCUGGUGGGGUUCCUGUCAGAGCUGUGUGCUGCCAGCCGUGCCCAGCUCUUCAGCAAGGGUCAGCAGCAGCACCAGCACCAUCAGCCGAACCAGGGUGGUGGAGCUCAGUACCCUCUGCUGUUGCUGAACAGGCUGAGCGAGGUCAUGCUGAGGUGUGCUCGGGGAGGCAGGCCCUUAGUGCACAUCAUGAAAGCCUGGAGCAUCGUGGCUCCUCACUUUGUCGAGGUGGCCUGCCAUAAGGACCAAGUGAUUGCCAAGCGUGCAGUGGCCUCGAUCCACGACAUUGUGGGGGCUCUGCUGUCGGCCCACAUUGACCUCCCACACUUUCACUUUAACGAGGCCCUCUUCAAACCCUUCGAGAACAUCCUCUGCCUUGAACUCUGCGAUGUCGACAUUCAGGAACAGAUUGUGAGCUCCAUCUGCGAGUUUGUGGAAGGCUCGACGGCCGAGAUCCGUUCUGGCUGGCGGCCCCUGUUCGGGGCCCUGCGGGCGGUGAGAAUGCCCGGCUCGGCCACCGUCUGCUGCCCGCAGCGGGGCCUUGGCGGCUCGGAGAGGGAGCAGCUGGAGCGGACCCACCACCUGCGGGUGGUCCUGGACGUCUUCGACGCCUUCCUGGGCACGGACAACCCGGGCGUCUUCGCCAACGCGGCCGUCGACUGCCUCCUCUGCCUGCUUAAGCACGUCCGGGGACCCACUGAGUUGCAAGAUUUGGGCGAAGGGGAGGCAACCUUUGCCCAAGAGCUGGAUGCCAUUCCGCUCAACCUGUGCCAGGCAGCACUCAAGUACCUGGAGCGCUGUGCUCAGAUGCUCUCCUCAAUGUACCUGAUGCCGGCAUGUCCCGUGUUUCAUUCUGCGAUAAGGAUAAAGUUCAACCUGGAGCCGAACUGUGUGGACCCUGUGAUUCCCGACAUGGAGCUGAUACUCUUCAGGGAGCAUGACUCGGUGUCUGAGCAUUCCAGAAAGGGCAGCAUGACAGAUGAAGGAGAUGACAAAGUAUGGUAUGUUCAGAACGACAUGGACGAAGACAUUGAGCUCCUUCCCGCCAACCACACGGUGUCCCUGGAAGAGCUGGACCGGCCCACAGGCGUGCUUCACGUCUGGUUCCUGCUCCUGGAGGGCCUCGCCGGGGCCGUGGCCACCUGUCCUCGCAAGUACCAGCCCCACACCAUAGACACCCUCUUCCAGAUGCUCCGCGGACUCCGGGACGUCCCAGGACCAGAGUUUGGGGUAUAUGCCGUCAACCACCUGCUGCUACCCAUGCUCCAGGGAUGGCUGCGAAGGGCAGCCAAGACCCACCGGGGAUGGGAUGGCUUUGCCACAAAUUUCAAGCAGUGCUGCGGACUUGCCACGGAACUGGUCGUCGACUACCUCACCCAGCUCUCGGCCUCCGGGACCAUGUGCCAAGUGCAGGGACUGCACCUGAUGGUGCAUCAGCUGUUUCUGGUGCUGACCGAGUGCAUUGCCCAACCUGCGGAGGUCAUAUCUCGGCUGGGCUGCGCCUGCAUUCGCCACCUGCUGGUGAGCGGUGCCCCCUCGCUGAGCCCCGAGCUGUGGCGCGUGGCGACGUGGAGCGUGGCUCGCGCGAGUCGUGCCACGCUACGGUCGGCGCAGCAGCUCAUGGUCUGCUUCCACGCGGACUCGGACAACUUCUACGGCGACGUGGGACAGGCCAAGGUGGCCGUGCGCAGGGACUGCGGCCCCCUGGAGGCGGACAGGCUCAGGCAGCUCUGCCGACAGGUGUUCCUGCUGGACGCGCAGCGUGCGGGCCCGACCAGCGGCAGGGUGCGCGACGUGCCGCCGGGCGUGGACGACCAGUGCUCCUUCAUCUUCCUGCUGCACCCGCCCGAUCGGCUGGGCGACGGGGCUUCGGCAGACCCGGACGCCUGCGUCAUAAGGGUUCCCUUCCGCAGCCUGGUCGUGGGUCUUCUGUCGCACCAGAUCCUGCUGCAGACCCUGGCGACGCUCCUUCUCGAAGGCACUCCGUUCAGGCUGCCCGCCCUCGCCAGCGUGCUCGGCUGCCCGCCGUCGCCACGGGGCCACCCCGGCGGCGGGGCCGAACGCCGAGGUUCCGCGGACACCCCCCAGCUGGCUGGUCAGCUGGGUCGUCUGCCGGAGGAGGAGCUGCUGCGGCUGCUGGACGUGCUCGGGGAGUCGCACACGACGGCCACGGACUUCGACGAGCGGCCGGGCCUCAAGUUCCUCGUGCAGAAGGUGGCCCAGGCCGAGGUGGCGGCCAACCUGUUCAAGCAGGCCGCCAUCAGCUGGGCCGUCCAGGCCGUCGUGCUCCUCGAGCUCUGCCUCAGGAAGCCGCCCCGGGAGCCGCUCUCCAUGCACCUGGUCGACAGGCUGGUCGCGUCUCAUCGGGACGGCGGGGACCGGCCGCCGGCUCGCGCGCGCAAGGGGCAUGGCAAUGCCGAAGACGAGUUGCACGAAGAGGACAAAGGCCCGAGCGUCUCGGAGCAGUUUGCAGAUUCCGACCGUUGCAGCCCGCUGCCGGACCGUGCGUCGACGUCGUCUUCCUGCUUCGCUUCGGACGCCGACGGCAGCGCCAACUCCCCGGCGCGACUUCCGAGGCGCACCAGCAACCUGUCCGAGAGGCGUUUGCGCCGACGGCGCCAGCACGCGCGGCGCGGGAGCGACUCCUUCGGCGUCGUCGAGCACACGGUGUCGCGGGAGGGACCCGACUCCCAGGAAGGCGGCCGCACGUUGAACUGGAACCCGUUCGGGCGUCUGCGACAACUGUUCCAAGAACUGUGCGUCCACUACGCGCGCGUGGCUUCACCGGAGGCCAAGGGCAACGCCAUCGUGGACCAGGUCGGAGACCAGCCCAUUUUCUAUCUCAUGGCACAGCCGGACACGCUCCCCGAGAUCCUGCCGCACGGGGAUCGUAGGGAGGGCGUGGGCGGAGGUUCGCCGAGCGGCCACCGACCUUCGAGCACGGACUCGGACUCGUCGUCGGAGCCCGCCGCCGACCCCCCGUCGGAAGAGCGGACGCUGGAGCCGGACCGCGUGUACACCGUAGUGACCGAGAAGACCAUCCAGAGCAUGGUGUCCGAGUACAAGCGGCGCAAGACGAGGCACUCCAUGCCUCCGGCCAGCGCGGCCGCCGCCGCCGCCGCCGGACACAGGUCCAGGGCGGCCUUCAUGCGGUCCAGGAGCGUGCCGGCGGGCAACGAGGACGGGGCUUCUUCGGUGGGGAGCCCUCCUCCUUCGUCGCCGCCUCCGCAGUCGACGGCGCCGCCACUGCCCAAGGAAGUGGAGAACCAGCGGAAAUGCUCCAUCCUCAAGGAUGCGGAGGCCCACGUCCAGGUGUGGUCCCAGCUCGCCCAGUCUGUCCUGGAGCUGCACCUGUCCCUCAAGGAGCCCGAGUUCCUGGCUCUGGUGCCCGUUUUCUACUCCGGGGUCGAGGCGCUCAUCGGAGCCGCGCCCUCGGAGCCAGAGCUCAGGGUUCUCGCGGCUGACUGGCUGCACCGGGUCGCUCUGGGCCUCGGCUUCAGCGGCGACAGCGCUGUCGCGGCCCGUCGGUGCUGAACGGGAUGGACCAACACCUCUUAUGCUCCCUUUCGCGCCAAGUUCGAGAGCAGCCUGGCGAGGUCAACUGCGCGCGGACCUGGUGUGGGAAUUUGUGUGAAACGUUGUAGAGACCGGAGGCCCCUAGUGGUGAGUUUGUGACGUCACCUAGCGGAGGCCGCAGAUUGGAUGCGAGCGCUGCGUCGGCGUUUGUCCGGAACUCGCGUUCAAUGUCUGGCCAGCGAUGGCCUUCGGCAGGUGACGUCACACAUUUAGCACCGAGGCCUCGCGAUCGACGGAGGCUCGAAGAGACGCGCAUGCUGUUAUUUG